AAUUAAUUAUUCGAUACGGCCGGGUCAUCCGCGGAGCAAAAAUCGUCCGAGAACUCGAUCUCGCGACGAUCGACUCGGCGGUUCCCCGCGCGCGCGUAAGUUCCUGCGGGGUGGGCGAGGGGCCGCCAUGACAGUCGUCGUAUUUUCUGUUAACUGCGAGCACGUAGCGGCUUCGCGAGCGACGUUAUCGUGAAAAUCUCGCGGGGCUCGGCGUCCGUCACGAUCGAAAGCGACCGUCCCGCAUCCCGACUUUGUCGGGCUGCCCGUUGCAGUUAUUGAGAAGACGAUGGGCGAGCGCGCGUGGCCAUUAUCGGUGAUUUGUUUGUGGGCGUUCAUGGCGAGGUGAGACGUCGAGAGACGGCCAAAGGAGCACGGCGCGGCAGUGUCGAGAGAAAAAGAGAGAGAUAGAGAGAGAGAGAGAGAGAGAGAUAGACAGACAGUGGCAGGCCUGUGCGGAGAUUCCCCCCUCUGCCUUCCCUUCUCGCGCCUCCUCCCCGCGCUCUUCGUGUGUCGCGACGAGCGCGCGUCUCCCCCGUUCCGUCUGUAUAUGUGUGUGUGUGGCACAAGAGGCGAGGAGGAGGCGGCCUCGGAGCCGACGGAGAACGAGAUGCGAGAACCGCCGACGGCACCGCGCACCACGAUGAACAAUGAAGUAUAUCAGACACGUUUAAUUAAUAUCCUUCAGUGAACGAAGAUGAAUAGUGAGCAGCAUGCAUUGCCAGCGACUACGCAGGCACAACAAGAGGAUGUAAACGCGGGUCAAAGUGGUCGUCCAUCAUACCCAGGUGGUUUGGCUACUGCGACCGCGAGUCUUGGCAAUGUAGGGAGUACCCCCCAUUCAUCCACGGACCUGCGUACUGUAGGUUCUGCCGUAGCGUUAGCCUCCUCGGUAGCUAAGUAUUGGGUCCUCAAUUUUCACGGAUUGCUUCCUGGAACGCUACCUCAGGUCUCGGUCUAUCAUCCCCCCCACAACUCCUCGCAUAGGAGUGGUGGCAGUGGGGAGGCAUCAUCCUCCAAAGAGUCAGCUUCUUCACUGAAUCAGGAAAUGGCGUUGACUUCCAGCUCGCAUCAUCAACAACAAUCUACAGCCGCGCAUCAUCAUCAUCAGCCAUCGGUUAACAGCAGCAGUCACCACAGUUCUCUGCAAUCGAAUCCGCAGAUUCCCGUAUCUCUUCCCGGCCUUAAUUUAGACGGCGCGCAUAUACCGGCGAGCGUAAGUCACCUGCAGGCUGCGCAUGCACAAAUGCAACAGCAAAUGCAGGCACAAGCACAGCAGCAGCUGCAUCAGCAGCAGCAACAGCAGCAAGCGCAGCCGUCGCAGCAGCAGCAACAGCAGCAACAAUCUCAUCACCAGAUACCAAAUCAUCAGAACGCCCAGAACAACGGACCGACAGGGCACGGCCAAAACGCGCAGCGAGACGACAACAAAGUCAAGGACGAGGGUGGUAGCUGCACCACCGAGCGUUGCAGCGACAAUCAGGUUCACUGUCAAGUUCAAUGCGAUCUGCAAUUACAACCACCGCAAGAUCUUCAACAGAGCUUGAUGCAACAGCAGCAGCAGCAGUCGCAGAUUGGGGUCAACAUCAGCGGAAAUUCCACCACCGAGGGGGGAAGUCAAAACAAUUCUGAAAAGCCCGAGAAAGAAAAGGAAUUGCGGCAACUGAAUAUGACACAAUUCCAAGUCCCUGACUUAAAGCCAGGAGGACACAUGAUGGAUGUGAGAACAGCGGACGGAUCGGUUGUGAAAAUUAGCGCGGGUAACGAGCAGGAUUUGGCGAAAACUCUCGGCGUCGAAAUGGUACAAAAUAUGUACAAGGUGAACGUUGAAGAUAUUAAUCAACUCCUGGCUUAUCACGAAGUCUUUGGCAAGCUACAAAGCGAAAUUGCGGCUGGAACGACUCUAGUGGGUAGCACUGUUCCUACGCAGACAGUUACCACGAUACAGAACGGUACUCCAAUCGUGCAACAGGUUCCACUGAACAAAUUUGACAUAAAGUCGAGUGACGGCGAGGCGACUCCCGGUCCGAGUGCGUCGCCCGUGUCGGUUGGCAGUCACGCUUGCGAGAUAUGCGGAAAGAUCUUUCAAUUUCGUUAUCAGCUCAUCGUGCAUCGCAGAUAUCAUACCGAGAGAAAGCCGUUUACGUGUCAGGUAUGCGGUAAAGCGUUCUCAAACGCGAACGAUUUGACGCGUCACGGCAAGUGCCAUUUGGGUGGAUCCAUGUUCACUUGCACAGUCUGCUUUCAUGUUUUUGCGAAUGCACCUUCGCUGGAACGCCAUAUGAAGAGACAUGCUACCGACAAACCGUACAAUUGUACAGUGUGUGGUAAGAGCUUUGCGCGCAAAGAGCAUUUGGAUAACCAUACGAGAUGUCACACCGGCGAGACACCGUACAGAUGCCAAUACUGUUCGAAGACAUUUACCCGAAAAGAACACAUGGUAAAUCAUGUUCGCAAACACACUGGUGAGACUCCACAUCGAUGUGAUAUUUGCAAGAAGAGCUUUACUCGCAAAGAACACUUUAUGAACCAUGUUAUGUGGCAUACAGGAGAAACCCCUCAUCAUUGCCAAGCCUGCGGCAAGAAGUAUACACGUAAAGAGCAUCUCGCUAACCAUAUGCGCUCUCACACGAACGACACUCCGUUCCGUUGUGAAAUAUGCGGUAAGUCGUUUACGAGGAAGGAGCACUUCACGAACCACAUAAUGUGGCACACGGGUGAGACGCCGCACCGCUGCGACUUCUGCUCGAAGACGUUCACGCGAAAGGAGCAUCUCCUGAACCACGUUCGCCAGCACACGGGUGAGUCUCCACACCGAUGCGGCUUCUGCUCCAAAUCGUUCACCAGAAAGGAACACCUUGUUAACCACAUCCGCCAACACACAGGGGAGACGCCCUUCCGCUGUUCAUACUGUCCGAAAGCAUUUACGCGGAAGGAUCACCUGGUGAACCACGUCAGGCAGCACACGGGUGAGUCACCGCACAAGUGCCAGUAUUGCACCAAAUCCUUCACGCGGAAGGAACAUUUGACCAAUCACGUGCGUCAACAUACAGGCGAAUCGCCACACCGAUGCCACUUCUGCUCCAAGUCAUUUACUCGUAAGGAGCAUUUGACGAAUCAUGUGCGCAUCCACACUGGCGAAUCUCCACAUAGGUGUGAGUUCUGCCAGAGGACGUUCACUAGGAAAGAACACCUAAAUAAUCAUCUCCGUCAACAUACCGGAGAUUCCUCACAUUGUUGCAACGUGUGCUCCAAACCAUUCACAAGAAAGGAACAUCUUGUGAAUCAUAUGCGUUGCCAUACCGGUGAACGUCCAUUUGUGUGCACAGAAUGUGGCAAGAGUUUCCCAUUGAAGGGCAAUCUUCUCUUCCAUAUGCGCUCGCACAACAAGGGCAGCAACGCCGAGAGGCCGUUCCGCUGCGAUCUGUGUCCCAAAGAUUUCAUGUGCAAAGGACACUUGGUCUCACACCGGCGCUCGCACUCGGACGAGCGGCCGCACAGUUGCCCGGACUGCGGCAAGACCUUCGUCGAGAAGGGCAAUAUGCUGCGACACUUGCGCAAGCACGCGGCCGAAGGACCGCCGACGCAGGUUAGCACGCCGUCAGCUAUACCGCAAACCGGUGUUUUGCCGAUACCGGCGGCGGCGGCAGUCCUGGUCGGACACCCGUUGGCGCCACCGGCGCCCCCCGUCGUCCCGCAACAUACAGUGGUCGUGCCGACCCCGCCCGGCGUACUGGCGUCGUAUUAG